ACCAGAUGCCACUGUGGCGCUAGCAUCGCUCGAAAAUAAGCUCGCCCAAAAGCUCUACCGACUGCAGUAGCCCGGCAUCCGUCGGCGCCGCGGCCAGGACGAAAAUUUCCCGCGGUUAUAUCAUAUUCCACCGUGUCGUGUGAGCCUCGCCGAUGGAAACUCGAAUGGCAGCUCGAGGUUAACCUAGAGAUACGAGACGAUCGACGGAACAUUUCGUGUCGACCAUCGAAAUCGUACGAUAAAACAGAAACGAGAAGGGAACGAGAGGAAAUAAAAAAGAACAGGAAGAAAAGAAAAGAAGAAAUAAAAGAACGGCGACCAUGAGGUGGCAGCCACGAUUAGUGGACUGAAAAUUAUUAGUCAGAGUUCUCACUGGUUACCUGACCUCGCUGUGCUUCGACGGAAACAGCGGGUUCUUGGUUCGAUCGAGGCGCGGUGGUUCGCGAGAUCGCGCGACAAAUGUACACGGGAGUGGACAGUGUGACAUAGUGCCGCGAAGUAGGCGACGAAGAGCGACGGGGAGGGAGGAAAAGGCCAGUGAGCAAAGAACGCGGGAAGAGGAGGAGGUGGGACAGGAUGCGGGGGCACAGGAAGAGGGCGCAGAGCCCCGACGAUUUCUCUUCUUCUUCAUAGGGGAUCGUUUCGCCUCAUCGACGUCGAACGUGACGACGGGCAGCGAGUACGCCGAGGACGACGACGACGACGAACACGACGACGUCAACUAGGUGCACCCCUGAAACGAGCACUGCCGUUUGUUCUCCGAAAUGGCGGAGGAGAAGGAGAAGCAGACGUUCCUGCAGAAGCUGCUGUUCUACACGACCGCGUUCUUCAUCCUCCUCAGCACCUUCAGCCUCUUUGCCUUCCUCUUCUUGGUCCCCUUCGUCAUCGACCCCGCCUUCACCACCAUCUUCAUGCAGUUCGACACUCGGCCAGCCGAGUGUGUCACCAUCGACGUUGAGUCCAGGAGAGGUACGAGCAACUGCUCAUGGACAUCCUGUAGAGAGGGUUGCACCAAAGAGCUGUACGAUUGCACGCAAAUACGUGUUAACUACAAGCUACCGACUAAUACGUCCGAGGAUAGCGAUGGACAGGGUGAGGGAGGCGGGGCGGUAGGAGGUGUCGAGGACGACGAAGACAGCACGAUGAUGGGAAAACCGCGUUACGAACGCUCCCUGAGGGAGUACGAUUAUAUCGAGGACCUUGACGACGACUUCGCCGAAGACGACGAAGCAGGACUGCCGAAACCCUUUCCUACAGGGCUCAUGGGCAACGACUCCGAGUGGUACUUCACCGGGGCCAAGCUGUUUCCCAACGUAAAAGGCUGUGGAUACCCUCCAAUGCUGAAUUGCAGUAUUUUCUACCGGCAGUACGCCAACAUAGGGCAGAACUUUAGCUGUUACUACUCGAAAGUGGAUCCCGGGAUAGUCAUCAGCGAACUCGACAUGUGGCAGGUUUACAUGAAUCUGGUGUACGCGAUGGCGAUUCCGAUACCGUCUUUCAUAAUCUCGGUGAUAUACCUCACCAUCGCCUACUUCAAGAUCUACAACGAAGAGGAGGUGGUCCUCGUGGGUGGCGAGGAGGGCGAGGACGGCGGAGAGGGUGAAGGAAGUAACGCGACACCUUUACCACUGACGAGCGGCGCCCUUACGCCCGGUAGCGAGGCUUUCAGGGAAGACCUAGCAAGCUUCGGGCAUCAGCUGAAAGUCGCCAUGGCCGACGACAUCAGCAGAGAAAGCCUGGAUGAGAUACCUAACACAUACUACACUCAUGGAAACUUGAGCAAGACGAUGACGACGAGUAUCUCAACUCCCCCUGGGCCGACGGCAGCAGUCUGAAGCGACACUUUCAAGGUCUGAACAACAUCUCCUGGAAACCGCACUAAGCGGGAACCCAAGAAUGGGACCUAGAAGAAACGAGAGAAAAAGCGAAAGAAAAAGAAUUUUUUCUUCUACGUAGCUUGUUCAAGUUACCGACCGCAAAUAUAGCCAAUAUUCUCUCACCGACUAUCAAAGAUGAAGAACGAAAAUUUUAUGAAAUAUGUAAUAGAGAAAAAAGACCGCAAUGGCGACCGUAUCUUCAGGUAUUUCCACGGAUUGAACCAGUGGUGUACGAUGCUCAACGUAAGAGUUUUCGAAAGGAACGGGCGUUCAAUUGCGUCCAAUUAAAUACAAAAUAAAAAAAUAAAAGAAAGAAAAUAAAAAUAGGAUAUUCGUCGGCGUUCUCUCCUCAAAGCGAAGAAACGGAAAAAAAAGAAUUCAAUUGAUAUAGGGUUUGAUCCAGAGUGUCGUUCAAGAUGAAAGACAAAGGAAAAAUAGAAAGAGAGUGUUUUAAUAAUAUGCCACAACGCUAUCGCAUGAUACUGUCCCACAUUGUGUACGCGCUAAUUAUUAUCCAAUAGAGAUAUAACAAUAUUUUGUGACAGACUUUUUUCUACUCGACAACCGCCCGGCAUCACGAGAAACGCAUGCAAAGAACGUGACCUCUCGGUUCUUGCUGAUCGAUUAAUCCGUUGGUGGCUCGCGUUUUUAGCCCGGCACCGAGGUCGAACGAUCGGCUGCUUGGCGAGGAUCCAGCGAGGAAACAUUACAUUCGGAUUCGUUGCCGAUAUUCCGAGCAUCUCUGGGGACUCGUCGUAUCGUAAAGGGUACUUCCGAAACAUUAUAGAAGAACUUCCAGGAUAAAUUCCCGGCACUACUCGAUCGCCAUUGAGGGAAGAUCGAUGCAAAUGAACCAUCGACUUGGAAACUAUUCCAUAUCUAAACUGUAUAAUCCCUCUUCCUGAC